CCUGGUACCAAAUCAUUCGUGAUUGGUCUCUUCCUUGUUUUUUCCUAGCUUCAUUCUUAAGGCUAGCCAUGUCUGUAGGGAAGUGUAGGGAAGUGUCAGAAUGCCACUGCGCGAGAGUGCAAGGUUGUGGGAGGGUGUAACCACCGGAGGGGUAGUAUCUGGAGGGAGCAAGGUAGAAGAGGGGGGACGUGGGGGGGUGGCGCAAGGUUUGAUCAAGGGCGCCCACAUCGGGUCAGGGACCAGGUGGGUGGUGGAAGAGAUGGUCGGGGAGAGGGACCAAGAGUCGAGGAGGUGGGUCGAGGAUCGGGAUUUUGAGGGGAAAGCGGCUUGUGGGAGGAAGGGCUCAGGGCCGACGGGAUCGGGCAAGCGUCCGUUGUGGAGUGGGAGGGAAAGGAGAUGCCCACGGGGAGGGGUGUGUCAGGGAUCGGGAUGCAUUCAGAUGUGGAGUGCGGGGGAGGCGAUCGGGAGGGGAAGAGAAGAUACUCGUGGAGAGGAGCAUGUCAGGAAUUGGGGGCGUGUCGGGAUCGGGGUUACGAGGGGGGAGUGGCUUGCGGGAGGAGGAAAUCAAGGCCGACGGGAUCGGGUGAGCAUCCGACGUGGAGUGGGAGGGGGACGGGACGAAUCUGGGCCAGGGGGGGGAAAGAGGCAAGGACGUCGGGAUCGGGGAUACAGUCCGACGUGGGGUGGGGGAGAGGGAGAGAGGAUACUCGCGGAGACGAGCUUCCGACGUGGUGUGGGAGGGGGAGCGAUUGGGACCGGGGGGGGAGGAGAACCGAUGAGCAGGGAGAAGGGGAAGCGGGGGCGAAUAUCUGUCUCUUAUACACAUCUAGAUGUGUAUAAGAGACAGGACAAUCCGCUGUUCCCUCGUAUUCCAACUUGGAGUGGGGGAGAGGCUCGAGAUGCAGUUGGACGUGGAGUGGGGGGAAGGCGAUCGGGAGAGGGAGAGAAGAUACUCGCAACGGGGGCGUGUCGGGAUCGGGAUUAUGAAGGGAGAGUGGCUUGCGGGAGGAAGAAAUCAAGGCCGACGGGAUCGGGCGAGCAUCCAACGUGGAGUGGGAGGGGGAGCGAUUGGGACGGGGGGAGCAGAACUGGUGAGCAGGGAGAAGGGGAAGCCGGGACGAAUCUGGGCCCGGGGGGAAAGAGGCGGGGAUGUCGGGAUCGGGGAUGCAGUCCUACGUGGAGCGUGGGAGAGGCGAUCAGGAGAGGGAGGGAAGAUACUCACGGAGAAGGGCGGGUCGGGACGAAUAUGGGCCAGGGGGAAAGGGGCAAGGACGUCGGGAACGGGGAUGCAGUCCGACGUGGAGUUGGGGGGAGGCGAUCAGGAGAGGGAGAGAAGACCCAAGAGCAUCCGACGUGGAGUGGACGGGGGCGCGAUCGGGACGGGGGGGAGGAGAAGGCCGGGGGGGAAAGAGGCGGGGACGUCGGGAUCGGGGAUAAACAGUCCAAAUUGGAGUGGGGGAGAGGCGAUCGGGAGAGGGAGGGAAGAAACUCGCGGGGAAGAAUAUGUCAGGAAUCGGGGGGGGCGUCGGGGGAUUUUGAAGGGAGAGUGUCUUGUGGGAGGAAGAAUCAAGGCCGCCGGGAUGGGGUGAGCGUCCGACGUGGAGUGGGACGGGAAACGAUCGAGAAAAGGGUGGAGGAUGCUCGUGGGGAGGGGGGUGAAGACCGUCGGGAUCGGGGAGAAGGUGGGGACGAGGGGAGCGAGGAGAAGUUUGGUAGGGAAGAGGGAAAGGGCAAGGACGGGACCUGGCUCUGUAGUUCUACCUGCCAAAGUUCCCUUUUGUAGAUGAGCCCGAUAGCCUGUUGAUGUCACAAAUGCAGGCUGCCUCCUCUAGGUGCAGUCAUGAUACAUGUCCAUUACAUUAC